AGUACGGCAUCGCACAGCAAAUUAGUGAGUUGAUCAUAAGUUGUUAAUUAAAGGUAAAUUUGGUGUUGAGUAUGUACGUAAAGCUGAUACUAUGGCUACUAUUCGGGUUAAUAGAAUUGAUAGCGUCAGAAAAAAUUCUAUUUGUUAUUGCAUUCGGAAGUCGAAGUCACAGAUUUGCGAUGCAACCGAUCGCAGUUAAACUAGCUGAUCUAGGUCAUGAUGUUUCAUUUUUGGCAGCUGUAAAACCGGAAGUGUUGGAUCCACGAAUAACUGAAAUACAUUUAGUAGAACCGUAUGUCAAGAUUCUCGAACAGAAUGUUGAACUAGGAGUCAAUGCAGUUGCAGAACGUUUGAAAGGACGACAUUACGAGCAUUUGCAGAAGGGAACAAUUUGGUGGGAUGUUCUAAUAAACGCCGCGGAAGCUUUUUUGAGUAAUAAAGAAUUUUUGGAAUUUGUGUCAACGAAGCAAUUCGAUCUGGUCGUUGGAGAUUUCCCGGGUAAAGAACUUACAGCUGUGAUAGCAUAUAAAAUGAAUGCCAAGAUGAUUUGGCUAAAUACUGGCGGUGCAUUGAGCAACUUCGAGGCAGAGUCGAUGGGACUGCCAAUAGAAUCUCAAUGGAUGCCAAGUCUAGAACUAGAGAGUCCAUAUUGGCUCGUUCCUGACCAUUUAUUUUAUACGUUAAAUGCACUUUAUUCGCAUGCAAGCUAUCAUUGGUACUUACUUCGUAAAAUGAACUAUUUAAUCCAAAAACAUGUUGGCACGGAUGUGCCGCCAUUAGAAAUGUUGCUGCAAAAUUUUGAACUUUUACUGCUUAAUGAGCGAUUCCCGUAUACAUAUCCACGUGCGCUACCACCAUUUGCAGUCCAAGUCGGAGGAAUGCAUGUGAGGUAUACAGAUGGCAUUUUGCCAAAGGUGAUCCAAGAUUUCAUAGAACCAGUCGAUAACUUUUGUUUCAUAAGCUUUGGCAGCAUUGUGGACGUCAAUAGGUUACCGGCACGAUUGAGACAAAGUUUCUUCGACGCUGUUGCUUCAUUUGAAAAUGUGCGCUUCCUAUGGAAAUGGGACGGCAAAGUUCCUGAUAAUAUGCCGAACAAUGUCAUGACAAUGGAAUGGUUCCCUCAGCAGGAGAUUCUAGCUAACCCCAAGUGUAAAGGAUUUGUUACACAAGGCGGAGCAAUGAGUUAUCAACAGGGAAUAUACCAUGCGGUGCCCAUGAUUGUAAUACCAGUUUGGUGGGACCAGCCAAUAUUGGCAAAAAAUGCUGCUCGCCAUGGUGUUGGAUUUCACUUGGAAUUAUCGGAAAUCACGCAGGAAUCGCUUCAAUUCGCUUUACAUGAGAUUAUGUUCAAUGAAACGUACAAAAACACAUCGAAACUUGUUUCUCAACGAGCCAAAGCUCAACCAAUUUCCUCCGUGGACUCAGCAGCUUGGUGGAUAGAGUACGUUUUGCACCACGACACUACACAUUUAAAAUCUCCAUCUAUGACGAUUAGUUGGUGGCAAAGGAGAUUGCUAGAUGUGUGGUUAAUUGUGUACACAAUCGUAUUAAUAACUGCUUUCGCAAUUUACAAAAGUGCAAAGUUUCUUUUGUGCUUCUCAGCGCGAAAGCGGACAAAACAAAAUAGUUUGAAGGCAAAGAAGCUCCAAUAAAGAACGGUUAGUAUCU